AUGAAUGAAUACCUCAAAGCAAUUUUAAUUUGCGAUGUGUAUUGGGAAUUUAAAGUUUCGAGACCAAAAGCGUUGUUCGACUUCUUGUGCUUAUUUGAUGUUAAUUGUUUUCACUAUCGAGAUUCUAUAGCUUUAGACUUCACUCAUAAACUCUUAAUAAUGUUCACGAAUAUCGACCGAUUAUUGAGGUUUGUGUGA